AUUUGUAUUCCUCCUAUCUAUCCUGUAGUCUUGGGUAUAUUUAUAGUCACUCCUUAGGUCUUCUCAAGUAUUUAUUAUUAUUUAUUCCCUUCCCCGGCUUUGCGAGAAAUAACGUUACCCAAAUUACCCCCAACUGUGCUCGUUGAAUAAUAUUUGCUGACCCCAACAUGCUCCCGAAGCCGCCAAAAUGAAAACAAAAAAAGUUAUAUUUCUCCCCACCAAAAACCUAAAAAGAUUAUAUUUAUUUAAUAUCCUUCCUCCAACCCACUUUUGCCCUCGGCACCGUUCGCACCUAACCUCCACUCCUCCCUUUCUUUUCCUCUGGAAAAAAUAAAGUGAAAAGGGAGAGGUCAAUUGGGGGAAAAAAAAACACAAAAAAUAAAAAAUAAAAAUACAAAUAAAGAAUAGGAAAACCUGCCGACACAAGCCAAACCAAACCAUGGCCAUCCUCUCCUACCUCGUCACCGGCCUAACCUCCUACUUCGCCAUCACCGUCUCCCUCUUCGGCCUCUCCCUCAAAAUCCCCCGCGCCGGCUUCUUCGCCCGCUGCCUGGCCGCCUAUGCCUGCCUCAUCGCCUGCGCCUCCUACGGCCUCGUCGCCUCCAUCGUCCUGCGUCUAGUCGGCUACGGCGGCCUGUCGCAGUGGACCGUCGCACGCAGCUUCAAAUGGGCCAUGCGCCUGUGCACGGGGACCUACUUUGAGAUCGUCUCGGGCUCGGAAUACCUCAGCACGCGGCCCGCCGUGUUCAUCACGAACCACCAGACGGAGCUGGAUGUGUUGUUGCUCGGCACGAUCUUCCCGCCGUACUGUAGCGUGACGGCGAAGAAGUCGCUGUCGCGCGUGCCGGUGUUGGGAUGGUUCAUGACCCUGUCCGGCACGGUGUUUAUUGACCGGGCGAACCGGGAGACGGCCGUGAAGGCGUUUGAUGGGGCGGCGGAGCAGAUGCAGAGGGAGAGGCAGAGUGUGCUUAUCUUCCCCGAGGGGACGAGGAGUUACUCUGCGGAGCCGGCGUUGCUGCCGUUUAAGAAGGGGGCUUUCCAUUUGGCGGUUAAGGCGGGCGUGGAUAUUGUCCCUGUUGUGGCGGAGAAUUAUGCGCAUUUGUUGGAUGUGAAGAAGUUGCGCUUUGAGGCUGGGAUGAUUCGGGUUAAAGUCCUCCCACCGCUUAGCACCAAGAACCUACAAACCAGCGAUGUCGACGAGCUGACCACGAAGACACGGGAAUCAAUGCUGGAAGUUAUCCAGGAUAUGUACAAGACGAGAGAAGCCCGGUAUACGGAAGAAGCCUCCGCUUCCUCCAUCCCUACGAACCGUGUUGCAAUGCCUCCCCAUGCCUCGUCCACCUCCACCGCCAUUGAGACUUAAUUAAAGUCAACACCAAUCAAAUAAUUUGAAAAAAAAGGAAACUAGCUAGAGAGAAACGGAUAUGUCACCACCUACUCUUGUUCCCUUCGCCUUGGUACGCUCUAUAAAUCACAUGGACUGAAUAGCCCGCCAGUGGAAACGAAAUACAAAGCCCUCCUCGCUCAUAUUUUAUCGACCUUACAUGCCCCUCCUCCGUAAUACCGGCAUACCGCACGAUAAAACGGGCGGCAUUCCUCUUUCGAUUCUUUUAUUUCCUAAUUUCUAUCUACUCCACGAAGGAAAACGGCAAACGGCAACUGUUGUAUAUACAUUCAAUGGGGAAGGAGAUCCACUACGGAUGGCGGGAUUUACGAAAGCCUUAUUCACGCAUGCUGACGCACCACACCCAUCCGCCGCCUCUACACAAUAAGAGAUAUAUCCUAGCACAAGGGAUUAUCUUAAAACAACUGUUUCGACUGACCUGGAGGCCAAGAUGGGAUGGCAACUAGAAGCACUUUUCCAACUGCGGAGCAGGAGGCCAUAGAGGAAUGGGGGUUUCUUUUCUUUUCCGUUUCUUUCUUUUCCUUUCUUGAUACCUAUUUCGAUUCUUUCUUAUUUCCGUAUCCGUUUCUAUCCUCCGCUAUCCACUCCUACGGUAUUUCGCCACAAGGUUGAAAAGAAAACAACAGGGAGAAAGAAAAGAAAGGGGAAAAAAAGCUUCACACUUAAACUUAUGGCCAGGCAUCCUACUCUACUUGCCUCCGUCCGUCACCCCUCUCUUUUCCGUCUUGAUGCGCCUGGCCUUUCUUACAGCCUCCGUAUAUAUCAUGUAUUAUGCAUUUCCAGCGCGUUCCGGAGUUUUUUCCCCCCCUUUCAUCGACCCCCCUCUUUUUGUUAUAUUUCGUAUUUAUUCGCGAUUUCUUUAUUCCUUCUCCCUUCCAUUUCCAUGUCUAGAAGCAGUGAGGCUUUCUAAGACAGCAAGCAGUCUAUGCUGCUUUCUGUAUGGAGACACUAUACUGUGAUUAAUAUCAUCAUGAUACUAGACGGAUAGACAGAUGAAUGCAAAAUGUAUAGAUUUUUUUUUUUUUUUUUUUUUUUUUUUUUUUUUUUCCUAGUUUGAAUUUCUUUGGAGAAAAGUGAUGGAUGAGAUUGAUUGCGCGUGACGGUUAGUAGAACAUACAUGUAGGGGCGAUGAUAAUAUGUUGUCCAGAGUAUUCUAUAUAUAACCCUUCAACCAUUAGAGUCAAAUAUAUAUAUUGUCGUAAUAAAUAAAAUCAUCCCGUGGAAUCCUCCGCUUAUCAACACACACAAAACUGACACAGAUGCAGAACCCUCAACCGCCCCCCGCUAAAUCACUCUUAAUCCAAACAUUCACAUUGCCCUCUCGCACACAGCGCCACAUCCCUCUCGAUAUCCACCAAGCGAAACUCAUCCCACCGGGCCUUCAUCUCCUCUUCGCCUGCAGAGUUCCCAAACCCACCCCCUCUCCCCGCUGUCGCAAAGAUGUAGUCAUUUCCAAACGCCACCACCUCCAAACGCACUUCUGGCACAUCCCGGCCAUACAACGUAGCUCUGAUCCCUGUCUCCGGUACUCCCCACUGCAAGGAUGCAGAUGAAGCUGGUGGCGUCGGAACGACAACAUCUCUGAAUUCCAGAUCACGUAGCCAGGGCGCUAGGAGCGCUUCGCCGGUCAUUUUUAUAUACGCUUCCUUGAGGGCCCAGUAAGUGUAGAAGAGGCGGAGACGGUAGAUUAUCGACUCUUGUAAGGUCAUAGCCGCGCUGCUGCUGCUGCUGCUGCUGCUGUUGUUGAUUCUGGGAUAUGCCUUCAUUGCAUCGAGUUCGUUUGUUGAGAAGACCUCAGCGAAGAUGUCGAUGAAGGCGUGUAGUUCGGCUUCUGUCUUUGGGGGCCCGCGGUUGCGGCGGGCUGGGUCAUCCAUGCAGGUUAUGUCUAUGCCGAUUUGAGGGGAGGGGGAGGGGGAGGGGUGGUUGUUAUAGGCAUCUGUGUUUGAGCUCAGGGUAACGCGGGGUUGCGGGGAGAAUGCCUCUUCCACGCUUCGUGGUGCGGGGCUAAUGCAUCCUGCCAAUGCGACGAGGGAGGCUUGGUGG